AUGUACCCCGUGCUUGCUGCAUGUGUGGACUCCUGCAAGAUGGGAAACCACACCCUGUUCAGGAUACAGCAGGAGAGACCUGCACAAGGUUGGUUGUCUUGGUUUGGAAACAGCAUUGUGAUUUUUGUCCUGUACAAGCAAAGGCAUCUCCUGCAGCCUACRGACUACCUCACAUUUAACUUGGCAGUGUCAGACGCCAGCAUCUCCGUCUUUGGUUAYUCCCGGGGCAUCAUUGAAAUCUUCAAUGUCUUCAGAGAUGAUGGAUUCAUUAUCACUUCAAUAUGGACUUGCCAGGUUGAUGGUUUCCUGACACUUCUCUUUGGCCUGGCUAGCAUUAAUACCCUGACAGUGAUCAGCGUGACACGCUAUAUCAAGGGAUGCCAUCCUGAGAGAGGUCACUGCAUCAGCAACAGCAGCAUGUCGGUGGCUCUGGUCCUCAUUUGGGUGGCAGCUUUCUUCUGGUCUGCAGCUCCCUUGYUUGGCUGGGGCAGCUAUACAGAUCGCAUGUAUGGCACAUGUGAGAUUGACUGGGCAAAAGCCAACUUCUCUACAAUCUACAAGUCCUACAUMGUCUCCAUUUUUAUCUGCUGUUUUUUCCUGCCUGUCACAGUCAUGGUCUUCUCCUAUGUGUCAAUUAUCAACACUGUCAAACUAAGCCAUGCAUUAACAGGACUGGGUGAUCCCACAGACAGACAGAGGAGAAUAGAGCGGGACGUCACCAGGGUUUCUAUUGUCAUUUGCACAGCCUUCAUCAUUGCAUGGUCGCCAUACGCCGUCAUCUCUAUUUGGUCUGCCUACGGUCACGCUGUGCCCAACCUCACCAGCAUCCUUGCCAGUUURUUUGCUAAGUCUGCUAGCUUUUACAACCCCAUCAUCUACUUYGGGAUGAGCUCCAAAUUUCGGAAGGACAUUUUCAUCUUGUUCCAUUGUGCCAAGGAAGUCAAGGACCCUGUGAAGCUCAAACGUUUCAAAAACCUCAAACAAAAGCUGCCACAGCCUUCUCAGAAAGAUGAGAARUAUGCAGCAGAAAUGCACCCUGCACCCAGCCCUGAUUCCGGGGUGGGAAGUCCAACCAACACCCCACCUCCAGCAAACAGGGAAGUGUAUUUUGGUAUUCUCGAUACACCAUCCAAUAACCCUAAUAUCGAAUGUGAUMGAUUGUAAGUUUUGUGGCUGCUUUAUGCACACACUUUGUGUUCAGGAAGAUCCUCUACAGAGCAGUGCUUGARUAAUUUACUAAUUCCCAUUCCAUCUGUUUUUUGCUGAAGCACUGAUGACUACACAACUAAAGCAAAUCAGAUGGUAAAGUGGUAUUUUCCUUCUGUGUAGGUACAAAAUGCUACAAAGAACAUUACAAUGUGGGCAGCACACCCAGUGCCAGAAACACUUGAUUUACACAUGCAUGCAGGAAAAGAAAGACUGACUUCAGGAGACCAGGCAUUAGCUAGCAAAAAUAACUGAUAGGUUCCUGUCCAAAUUUGAUCACUUCCAGACUGCAUUUCCAAAUACGUCUUUUGCUCUUUAACAGUCACAGCCACAGAUGAUUGUUUUAACUCUGUGGUGCUGAGGCUCUUCUCUUCAGCCGUGGCUKUAGGAGAAGAUGGACCCUGCUGAGACUGCCAUGGAGCUGGUGCAGCUCCAAAGGCUGUAAGAUGGUGGAAAAAAGCCAAGUUCUCCCUGCAAGAUACCCUGGUGUGCCCUCC